AUGAGUUCGCCGUCGUUUAUCCUCCCGGAUAGCCCGCCUCCGCAGCAUGUCCUAAACUACUGGCAGCGCAAAGCUGCCGAGAGCUGUGCCAGCUCUUCUGCUGCGGCCGCCUCCGCUCCUGCCUCCACUGCACCCGCUCCACACCGUUCGACAUUGCCAGGAGGUGAGAUGGUGAUUCCGGACAGCCCCAUCCAACGUCUGCAUCCAGCAGCUACGUGGGCUCCGCGGCGUGCUGUGUUGGCAACGCUGUCGAACAACAUCAGGCAGAGGCAGGCGAAGAGGAAACUCGACUUCGAGGAGGGCGAAGUGAGCGGCGAAGAGGAUAGCGUGCUCCCUCAAUCAAAGAAACGUAUGCUGGAUGAGGACUCCUCUCUCGUGCCCUUAAUAAAGGAGGCUGAAAUGGGGUUUGUCGAACUCAUUAACAAACCAGUAGCCAAGCCGUGGGUCCCCUUACGCGAGUUAGAGGAGGAUCAGCCAUACCGCAUCGUGUGCGCAAGGGAGCACACGAACCAACAUGGUCGCCGCAUAAUUUUGAAAAUCAUCAAUGCAGGAAGCAAAUGUGAGGUGUAUCUACCUCAAAGAUUUGCUUCCUGCAUUGAUGCAGGAAAAAUUCGGGAAUUCAAUGAAACGUGUAAAAAUUAUGUUUUAGUAGUUACGCAUAAGUGCCCAAAUUGGACAGAUAUAAAAAUUGUUAAAGCAUAACAAUUUUUAUAUCUGUAUACAAUUUGGACACUUAUGUGUAACGAAUUGUAUAUAUAUAUAUGUAUGUGACUAGAUGAAUAGAUCAAUAAAAUGAGUGUAUAUUUGAUAAAAAA